CCAAGCAGAGGGAAAGGAAUCAAGAGGGAGUAAAUAAGGCUGAAGCAUGAACAAGAUGGAAUUCAUCACUGUUGUGGGAUUUGCCAUAUCAUUGCUGUUCCACAUGACCCAAACUGAAGUCUGUCCUCCCUCCUGCAAUUGUAAGUCACUGGGAGAAAUGAAGGGUUUGCAUAUAGACUGUAGCUCAAGGCAGCUGACGGAAGUGCCUGCCUUGCCCGUUAACACCAAGAGGCUUUAUCUACAGAACAACAGCCUGACCUCGGUUCCUCCUGGUGCCCUGGACAGUUUGCGCAGCCUGGAGGAAGUGAAAAUAUUUGACAAUCCUUGGAACUGCGACUGUCAUAUUCUGUAUCUAAAACUCUGGUUAGAAGACGUCUCUGCACCCUCUCUUGCAAACAUCAGAUGCGCAACCCCAGCUCCCGUGAGGAUGAAGCCCUUGAGGCAGCUGACUGGGAAUGAGCUGAGGAUUUGUAAGAGGCUUCUCCCAAUCAAGUGUCUUGAGUUCUUUUGGCGAGACCUCAUUUUAAUUGCUGGAGCAAUAAUUGCACUUAUUUUAGUAGCAUGGGCUCUGAAAUCCUCAAAAAAGCUGGUCUGCCAAAUAAACCUAAGCCAAUGUGACUCUAGGGAAUGGCUGUUGGGGAGGCAUACUUCCAAAAACCACAAGACACAAUGAGCUGUUCACUACCACUAGCUUGAACAGAAACAUCAAACCAUUCUACCACAAAAAAGCACAUGCACUGGCAACACUAGUUUUAAUGGCGAAUGUGCUACAAACAGAUCCCAGGUCUCAAAGUCUGGGUCCUCAGAUAGACAAGUUUGAUUUAAUUUCCUUUCAAAAAUAAGCUUGGUGAUGUAUUGACAGGCAAGUUUCAUUCUGCUGCCGUCUACUCAUAUGAAAAGCAGUUUCUAAAUUUUUUUAAAUCAUUUAACUUAGCAUUUGUCGACUGAAUUCUCAGCUCUUAUAGCAAGAAGAUUUACAUCCCCAAAUUCUACACUUUUUAAUAUAUGGAGGUGAACACCGAUUGUAUUAUUUUAGCAAUUCUUUUCUCACUCGGAAGCUAUGUGAGUUUGCAACCCAUUACCCUCUCACAGUGUCCCAAUGGGCUUGGUAGAACCAUUCUUGUGUGCAAACAAAUUCAACCAUCUCUUCCCCAAGUUCAGGAGUUUCCUGCCAGCAAAACCACUAUGAUUAUAUAGGCCAGCCACUGAAUGUAUGCCUUAUUGCAUACAUUUAAAGAUGGACUGGUAAUGAGAUUAUAAUCAUAAAAAUAAUUUUAAAUAUUGUUGAAUUUCCUAGAGAGUGAACAAUAAAAAAGCAUUCUAUGUGAAAUUGAAAUAAUGGAUGCUUAUUGAACGUUCAUACCCAUGUUUGAUCUCUUUCACAAUGCUACACAUUUCU